AUGAAUCGAUUACUAUAUGCAGGCCGUUAUCCGACCGUGGAUGAAGCAAUCGAUGAUUCGCGACGAUUGACAAGAUCCGACGACACCGGCGACAGCAUCAAGCACACAGCCAACAGCAUCAUCCCUGACAGACAGACAGACAGACAGACAGACAGACACAUUGCAGCCCAACUACGGUACUUGUUUGUCCGGCCCGAACCGCGCAGUUUCAUGAAGCAUCUCCGUCGUCUCUCCACUACGUCUGCGACGUCGACGACUGCCUCUAUCGCCGGUCCCCGCAACAACCUCCACAGCAGCCCCUCCACGUCCAUCCCACCUCACCCGCAGCUCCAGACCUGCUGUCAACUUCACCCUCUGCUUCAAUCUCAAUCUCAAUCUCAACCCAAGCCUCAACACCAUCGCCACUACCAUCGCCAGUCCGCCGUGACCGCAGCCCAAACCCGCAUCAUGUCGACCAUGCCCGCUUCCCACGGCCACAGCGCCGCCUGCUGCAACAUUCCUCCUAUCGUGUCCAAGGGAUACCAGCCCAAGGGCUCGUAUGAGGAAGUCGGCGGCUGGAAGACGUAUGUCACUGGCCCCGCCGACGCUACCAAGGCCAUUGUCGUCAUCUACGACAUCUUUGGCUACUUUGACCAGACUGUCCAGGGAGCCGACAUCCUGGCCUAUAGCGAUGAUCACCACGAGUACAAGGUGUUCAUGCCUGACUGGUUCAGAGGCAAGCCGUGUCCUAUCGAAUACUACCCUCCCGAUACACCGGAGAAGCAAGAGGCCCUGGGCAAGUUCUUUGGCGAGUUCCCACCUCCCAAGAUUGCCGGCUAUGUGCCCGAGUAUGUGGAAGGUGUCAAGGCCCACAGCCCGGCUGUUUCCAAGCUGGCUUUGCUAGGGUACUGCUGGGGCGGCAAAGUUGCUACUCUCACAGUCAAGGCGCCAACAAACCCCUUUGUUGCUGCGGCCGCGGCUCACCCCGCCAUGGUCGACCCUGCUGAUGCCGAAGGCGUCCCCGUCCCCUUUGCGCUCCUGGCGUCUAGAGAUGAGACCCCAGAGGAUGUCAAGAAGUUUGAGGAGAACCUCAAGGUACCCCACCACGUCGAGACGUUUGCUGACCAGAUCCACGGCUUCAUGGCGGCGCGUUCCGACUUGAACGACGAGCGGGUCAAGGCCGAGUAUGAGAGGGGCUACAAGACGCUCUUGGAGUUUUAUGGCAAGCACGUGUAA